ACUAUAUCCUCCAUCAUCAAGAUCUCACCAAACCCCCUUAUGGGGUUUUUCCUCUUUAUUUAUUAACCCAACAACCCCUUCCUCCUAUUCUACAAUUUACAAACAAUCAUCAACACACUCCCUCUUCAAGCCCUUUCUAUAUAGGGUCUUGAAGAGCCAAAAUCAAUAUCUGAUUAUUCUUUCUGUUUUCUAACAAAACAGAAUUUGUCUAUAAAUGGGUAAAGUCUUCAAUUUAGCUGAGGUCUCCCAGCACAACAAUGCCAAGGAUUGUUGGCUCAUUAUUAGUGGCAAGGUGUAUGAUGUGACAAAAUUCUUGGAGGAUCACCCAGGUGGUGAUGAUGUUUUGUUGUCUGCAACAGGAAAGGAUGCAACUGAUGAUUUUGAGGAUGUCGGACACAGCAGUAGUGCUCGAGCAAUGUUGGACGAGUAUUAUGUAGGAGAAAUUGAUUCUUCAACCAUCCCAACAAGUGUAAAGUACACUCCUCCAAAGCAGCCUCAUUACAACCAGGACAAAACAACAGAGUUCAUCAUUAAGAUCCUCCAGUUCUUGGUUCCUUUGAUUAUUUUGGGAGUCGCUGUUGGCCUCCGCUUCAACACCAAACAGUCAACUUCUUGAAGAUUGAACAAUCGGUGAUGCUAUAACAACAAAUGAAAUCAACGAGACGUUACAAGAACAGUUUAGCUACCUUUCUAGGAAUUGAACAGUUAUGGUAUGCUGAUUUCUGUAAUUGUGAGAAUGCAUUUGCUUUUUCUUUGUUUCCAUUUUUAACUUUUUCAUUUUUGUUGUUAUAUAUAUCAAUCUACGCCUCGUGAACUUGCUUUCACGUUUGUUUUA